AUGUCUUCUGGUGAUGAAGCUGGUGACCCAAAAAUCACAGAGAAAGAGUACCAUGAACUCAAACAAAGCGAAGAUCCGGUUACUUCAGCCUUCAAACUCGGCCCCCAAAAUGGCCAAACCUUCAAUACUGUCCACAAACAUAACUACAUACCCUUUUGGCAGCUCAACUGCCUCAUGGUCAUGGUAGUCCUCUCAGCCAGUGGCUUGGUUAGUCCUCAGGAUUUUGCUUUUGUUGUCUUCUCCAUCAUCUACCUCUUCUUCCUCUCGAAAUUUGCUUUUCCAAAGCUCACUGAUCCUAUGGAAGAGCCCCCGGUGUUCAACCCCGAAAGCUAUCUAGUUCGGCUUGGUCCUCUCUUUGGUGGCAUCAUAGGCAUUGUGAUCCCAAUUGCUUACAUAUUUGAAGGGUUUAUAGAGGGAGACAAAGAAGGAAUCAGGGCUGCUGCGCCCCAUGUUUUCCUUCUUGCGAGCCAAGUCUUCAUGGAUGGAGUGGCUUUUAGUGACAGGUUUUCGAUACCCAUAAGGGUUUUCGUGCCGGUUUUCUACAAUGCCAAGAGGAUUUUUACCCUUGUGGAUUGGGUUAAGAGAGAGUUUUCGAAAGCUGGUGAUCAAGAGUAUGGUGGAUCUGCAAGUGAAAGGAGACUGUUUCUUGGCAGAGUACUUGCUGUUGUUAACUUGGUGUUUUGGUCCUAUGACCUCUUCUUCUUCAUGUUGCCUGUUUAUCUUCCUAGAGCUUUCAGGAAAUAUUAUGCUGCAGCAAAAUCAGAUUGA